AGAGAGAGGAGGAAGGAAUCAAAGGCAGUUUAUGGCAGCCCACGGGAAAGACGGGAAAGCAGAGAAGCUCCGUGGCCAUGGCGCCCAUGGUUUUCCCUUUCCUUCCAUGAAAAUGGAAUCACCCAGAAUCGCCACUCUCCCAAAUUUGGGAUCGGGAGCAAAAAGUUUUUUCCUUUUCGGAGAAGAAAAGACAAAGCUUGAUCAUCAGCACUGCGGCCAUUGGACAUCGGCUAAUGUUCUCCUUCCUUCCUCUGCUGCCCUAACUACCCUCCCCCCUUAUUUCCUUCUUAAAAAUCCGAAUUUUCCGCGCUCUUCGAGUUUGGAGGUUCAGCAUUCGGAUACUCGCUUAAAGGUUUGAUUUUUUUAUCGCCUCGGAGUUGUUUUUCUCCGAUCAAGGACUUGCCCUUUGUUUUGGAUGAGGGUGGGAGGCAACUUGGUUGCCGACGACCGCGACGGGAAGGUAAAAUCGGCCCCCGAGAAGAGCAAGGGACUUUCGAGGAAGAGAAAGCGGCGGAAGAAGAAGGCGGCCAGAGCGGUUCAGAGGCUGUUUGAGACUUGCAAGCAGGUUUUUGCGGAGGGCGGGCCCGGAGUCAUUCCGUCGCCUGAGAAUGUCGAUCGCCUUCGAUCUUUACUUGAUUGGUAUCUUUUGCCUGCCACAAGCAGCUGCAAUUCCACUUCACAAUCACCCGAGCAUGACUGUUUUUAGUAAAAUCCUUCUCGGGUCCAUGCACAUUAAAUCGUACGAUUGGGUUAAUGACCCUCAGAGCUCAAACGUGAAAAUCAAAUCCUCUAGCGGUGCAUGUCUCGCCAAGGUGAACACUGAUGCUGUAUUUACAGCACCUCAUCGGACAUCUGUUUUAUACCCUACCACUGGGGGUAACUUGCAUUGUUUUACUGCAGUAACCUCUUGUGCAGUGUUAGAUGUCCUUGGACCACCAUACAGUGAUGACGAAGGGCGCACUUGUAUGUACUACAAGGAAUAUGCAUUCUCAAGUUUCCCGGGUGAUGCGACUUUGGCUUUAGGCAAGAAUGAGGAGCACGCAUGGCUCGAAGAGAGUGGGAGCAAGCCACAUGAUCUUGUUGUGCGCGGAGCAGAGUAUAGAGGCCCGAGGAUUUUAGAGCCUUGAUUUGUGACUUGCAAAUGUACAAAGAAAAUCAAAGGAUAUCGAAAUAAGAAGCUUGGGAAAAAGGUCAUGGGCUGAAAUUCCUUCUGCUACCUAAAAUAUCGGUUUAGGUCGUAGUGGCUUAGUUACGGUGCAGAACAAUCUUAGGUAUAUUAAAGCUCAUGGAACUUACAUACGAUGCCUUUCUUAUUUUCGCAAAGCCUGAAACUGAGUUUUUCAAAGGCUUUUUGUUUUUGCCAUUUCUUUUUUUGAGGUGCUAUUUCGCAUGAGUUUUGUAAUAUCUUUUUGUAUCAUCGAUUUGAUGAUGAUUGUUUGGGAUUCUCUUCAGCAUAUUGAUCGUAAAAAGUUUCCAUUUUGGUGAUGUUAAAUCUUGGUGUUUUAUGUACAU